UCUUCAUCCUCCUCCUCCUCCUCCUCAUUCUUCUUCAUGCUGAAAUCCGCGAGCUCUGGUAUGGCGGCUUGCGCCCCCGGGAGCCGCUUUAACGGCGGAUACACCAGCAGCAGCAUCGGCCCCACCGCCGCCGCCGCCGCGCCUCCGGCUCCCGCGCACAGGGCCAAGCACAAGGGCUUCUGUCUGGUCAGGAUGAUGAACCUGAACGGGAAGAAGGCGCGCGCGGACCCGCAUCAGAAGCAGCAGCAGCAGCACCAGCACGGCACCGUGCCCUUCAUCAUCCACUGCCACAUCGGGAAGGAGAUCAAACACAUCUGCGGCAACUGCAGCCGCGCCACCGACGCGCAAGACGCGGAGGAGGUGGAGCGUCUGGCUGCCAUGCGUGCCGAGUCGCUCGUCUCCGGCACGCACACGCCGCCGAUUCGCCGCAGGAGCAAGUUCGCCACGCUCGGCCGACUUUUCAAACCUUGGAAGUGGAGGAAGAAGAAGAGCGAGAAGUUCAAGCAGACCUCAGCAGCCCUGGAGAGGGAGAUGUCGGCGAGACAGAGCCGGGAGGAGCUGAUCAAACGCGGCGUGCUGAAGGAGAUCUUUGAGAAAGCUCCUCUGGAAUUCCGGGCCUCCAUGGAAGGCAGCGUUUGUCCUCAGGACCCCUCUCUUAAGUCGUCCAUGGUCCUGCCUGCUAAGAAGUCGGUGGUAUUUCCAGGUGAUGUUCAGGAGAACCCUGCAAAAGCUGCGCUCUUCCACAAGCAGCCGCCCGCUUUGCCGCCGAAGCCUUUUACCCGACAGCUGAACCACAGCAUAGAGCCAUGUCAGACCCUGAAGCUGCCCUGCGUUCAGGGGAAACACUCUCCUCCUCUUCCUCCCAAGAAAGUCAUGAUCUGCGUGCCAUCCGGAGGCCUGGAGCUGCCAGUCUCCUCCCCGAGCCCUCUGGCCACCUAUCCGGGGAAAUGCGCUCCCAUAAUGCACUACGGCAGCCUCGGGGGGCAUCACGGACACCCGCACCAGCUGCAGUACGGCAGCGUGCCCAGCCGCAUCAUCGAGGAGCUCAACAAGACCCUGGCGCUGUCCAUGCAGAGACUCGAGAGUUCUGCGAUGCAUUCUGGGCCGUGUGGUCUUUUGGACGGCAGGCCGGUGCCCACGGUGGUGAUCGAGUGCGAGGACGAUAAAGAGAACAUGCCGAGCGAGUCGGACUACGAGGACUUACCCAGCAUGUACAAGGACGACCUGGAGGAAGAGGACGAGGAGGACGACGAAGAGGACGACGACUCGCUCUUUACAAAUACUUUGGCCCUGAAGGUGUUGAGGAAAGACUCGCUGGCUAUAAAGCUGAGUAACAGGCCGUCCAAGAGGGAGCUGGAGGAGAAGAACAUCCUGCCCAUGCAGACGGACGAGGAGAGGCUCGAGUCCAGGCAGCAGAUCGGCACCAAACUCACACGGAGACUGAGCCAAAGACCAACAGCGGAGGAGCUGGAGCAGCGAAACAUUCUGAAACCACGGAAUGAACAGGAGGAGCUGGAGGAGAAAAGGGAAAUCAAACGGAGACUCUCGCGCAAGCUCAGCCAAAGGCCUACGGUGGAGGAACUGCGACAGGCCAAGAUCCUGAUCCGGUUCAGCGAUUACGUAGAAGUAGCCGACGCUCAGGACUACGACCGGCGGGCCGAUAAACCCUGGACACGCCUCACUGCUGCAGACAAGGCUGCCAUAAGGAAGGAGCUCAACGAUUACAAGAGCACGGAGAUGGAAGUGCAUGAAUCCAGUCGCCAUUUAACCAGGUUUCACAGGCCGUAGACGAGCGAGGACCGGACCCACACACACCUGCUGGUCAGAUCGGCGGUGCACGAAAUCACACUAGAC